AGCUUAAUCGUACUAGUCGAGAGAAAAGAUGGUUUAUUAUACUAGACGAUUGUUGAAUGGUAAGUGGUUUAACGAAACCUGUGUAACUGGUUGAUGGUGUUAGGGGCAGAAAGUUGCAUAAAGACGCAGCUGGUCAAUCUCCUUUUUCUUUAGCUAAGGGAAACAUUAUCACGAAGUUUUGAUUCCCCAUCACUUUUUUGUAGGAAUGAUUCCAUGGUCUAAGUUUAAAACGGAGAAAAGUGAGGUGAUUGAUAAUCAUAGCUUCGUGACUGUCAAUAGAGGGUACUCAAAACAAAGCUUCAAGUAGUGGAGGACCAGAACUCAUGCCAAGGCUAUGAGAUUUGAAAUAUGUCUAGCGACUCCGUGAGAGAGAGAGAGAGAGAGAGAGAGAUCUUGGGCUUACUUGAAAUGGGCCAUGCCAUGGUCGAUACAGCCCAAAUGAUGCUGUUGACUGGUUGCUCCGAAUGAACUCCAGAUGCCAAUUUGGGAACGAGAAGAGGACGCAGAGCGAGCGACCGAGUCGAAUGGAGAAUCCGAAAUUAUCAAUCUUUCUUGUCAACCUCUUCUGUAUUCUCAGUCUUUGCAUCGCCAUCGAAUCACCUCAAUACGAUGUUGUUCAUACAGAAUCAGACUUCGAAAUCAGAUUUUACAGAAAGUCCACUUGGAUGUCCGCUCCCGUCCAAGACCUAUCCUUCGAGAAAGCUACUAAAUAUGGUUUCCACAGUGGCAUCUGGGUAAACUUUACAUCGAUCAUGUUGCGCAGACUGUUCCAGUACAUACAAGGUGCCAAUCUGAAUUGGUCAAGGAUUGCCAUGACUGCUCCUGUCUUGACAAGCAUUGUCCCAGGAACUGGCCCUCUUCACUCGUCCUCUUAUCUUGUCCAACUCUAUCUGCCGGUUAAGUUUCAAGCCUCACCACCUCUUCCCCUUCCUGAACUGAAACUGAAGCCCUGUGGUUGGGAAGCUCAUUGCGUUGCAGUUCGAAAGUUCUCUGGAUUUGCAAGGGAUGAGAAGGUCAUAAAGGAGGCAGAGCAACUCGCCACCAGCUUGAGUAGGUUCCCUUUGGUGAAUGCCACCUCUGAAAGGGGUUAUGCAUAUGCCAUUGCCCAAUACGACUCGCCCUUCCGGUUGAUUGGACGAGUCAAUGAAGUCUGGGUCGAUGUCGAUGCAGCCGAUUUGGAUGGAUGUACAUCCAGUGCCAUUGCUGCAUUCUAAGUUCAAAGUGGUGGGGAAACAGCAAUCAUGUUUCAAUAUGUGCAUAUGAAGUUUGAUGUUUUUCAUGCCUCUGUCUAAAAAAACAUUCUUGAUGUUUUUCAAUACAGUUGAUGUAUUUGAUACUACAAUUUUAUUGAAUGAAUCGAAUGUAAAUGACACUUACUAGAC